UAAAAAGUUACGUUAUUAUACAAACUUAGCAGUUUUCAAUUAAAAUUCUAUCGCUUAUAACAUGUGUGAUAUAAUAUAAUAUAUUAUAUUGCAUGACUUUAUACUAAAAUGAUUCGUAUUUUUUUGUACUUUGGGUUGACACUCACCCAAAAUUUUGUAUAUUCCGAGAAUAUCUAUAGGACCUACAACAGUACAAACGAACUGGAUUGGUGGCAAACCGGCAUUAUUUAUCAGAUUUAUGUGAGGUCAUUCAAAGAUACCAACAGUGACGGCAUUGGUGAUUUAAACGGAGUUACUCAAAAAGUAGACUACUUAAAAGAUUUAGGUAUUGGUGCAAUUUGGCUUUCUCCGAUAUUCGAAUCACCACAGUAUGACUUUGGUUAUGACAUAUCAAAUUAUAGGCAAAUUGAUAAAGACUAUGGGACUUUAGCAGAUUUUGAUCGCUUGCUUGAUACGUAUCAUAAAGCCGGAAUAAAAGUUUUAUUGGAUUUUGUGCCAAAUCACUCGAGCCAUUUGCAUGAAUGGUUUUUGAAAUCCGUGAAAAGAAUUCCACCAUUCACAGACUACUAUGUUUGGGAAGAUCCAGUUAUCACAAAAGAAGGAAGAAAACCUCCUAAUAAUUGGUUAUCAGUAUUCAACAGUGGUACUGCAUGGGAGUGGAAUGAAGAACGUAACCAAUAUUAUUUUCAUCAGUUCUUAGUUGAACAACCAGACUUUAAUUAUAGAUCUCCAAUGCUAGUAGAAGAAAUGAAGAACGUUUUGCGCUUUUGGCUGGACCGUGGUGUGGACGGUUUCCGAUUUGACGCAGUUAACGCUUUAUUUGAAAGAGCAGAUUUAGUCGACGAACCAGAGUCUGGUGAUCCUGAAAGCGGACCUAAAGACUAUGAUUUUUUAAAUCAUAUAUAUACUUUAGAUCAACCGGAAACGUAUGAAAUGGUUCACCAAUGGAGAGAAGUUAUAGACAGUUAUAAGAAGAGCGAAAACGAUACAACCAGAAUGUUUAUGGUAGAAUGUUACUCUCCUGUGGAUAAAACCAUGCAAUACUACGGUAAUGAUACAGCACUAGGAGCGCAUUUUCCAUUUAAUUUCUUUUUCAUUAAAGAUUUCAAUCGUCAAUCGGACGCUAAGCAAAUGAGAAAUGUUAUUGCGUCUUGGCUAACUAAUAUACCUAGUGGAAAAUGGCCUAACUGGGUAAUUGGAAAUCAUGAUAAUAGUAGAAUAGCGUCGAGACUAGAUCCAAUGCUUGUUGAUGGAGUUCAUAUGGUACAAAUGCUUUUGCCAGGUACUACAGUCACCUAUAACGCCGACGAACUUGGCAUUGAGGACACUUACAUUAGAUGGGAUCAAACAAUUGAUAAUGCUGGAUUGAACGUUGGGCCCAGACGUUAUGAAAAGUUUAGUAGAGAUCCAGAGAGGAGUCCAUUUCCAUGGGACGAUUCCUUGAAUGCAGGUUUUUCCGACGGUCCAAAACCUUGGCUUCCCAUCAAUCCUAAGUUUUGGAGGGAAAACAUGAAACAACAAACAAAAUAUAAGAGCCACUUGAGAACUUACAAACAAUUGGUGAGUUUAAGAAAAAGCCCAGCAAUAAUGUACGGAGACUUAAAUGUGUUCAUUUUAUCAAAAUGGGUGCUUGGUUUUUCAAGGAGUUAUUUAGACCAUCCAACAUACUUUGUUGUUAUCAAUUUGGGUAGUGAGACGGAAAGAGUUAAUCUUUUAAAUGCUAGAUAUACUUUACCACACAUUUUAAAGGUCAAAGUUUCAAGUGUUAACUCAGGUCUUGUCACAGGAAAUUUGGUACGAACCGAAAACAUUAUUUUAAGACCAAAGGCUGCACUCGUCUUGACCACGUCUAGAAAUAAUGAAGAUGCUGAUAAUUUUUAAAUAACUAUAAUAAUAUGUUCUUAUGGUUAAUAUGUUCUUAAUACGAUAAAAGUAUAUUAAAUUAUAUAAUAUUAUUUCACA